AUGAAUAAACAUAAUUUUCCUCAAGUAUUUGAUAGUUAUACAAAUAUUUCUAAAUCAAAAAAAAAUAAACUUUCUAAUGAUUUAUUUACAAAUCUUUUUGGUAAUGAUGUUGAUGAUUUUUCAUUGUAUAAUAAUAUGAAAUAUGCUAGUAAUAAAGUAAAUCCAAUGAAUAUAUCUGGAUUACCAUGUGAUAUAAUUUGUGAUCCUGAAGAUACAGAUGAUAGUAUUCAAAAAAGACCUGGUAGUUCACCUUCAUUAAAUAAAAUAGUUUCUAUUUUUUUUCCAAAUACAUCAUUUAUUGAUACUUCUAGAACAUUUGAAACUAGUAUUGUUGAAGAAAAUGAUGAAAAAAUCAAUGAAGAAACAAUAAAAUAUGGAAAACCUAGUUAUUCAGAACAAAAUAUUGUUACAAAUUCCUUAAUUAUGUGUAAACGAUUUGGUCAAACAAUUUCUAAAGAAGUACCUAAAGCACCUAGAUUAAAAUUACAUGGGUUUUUUUGUCAAAUUGAUAUGAAUAUUGUAUUGAACACAAAAAGUAAUGAUGGAAUACCUUUAUAUGAUGAUAUAAAAUUAUAUGAACCACCUGGUGAUUUUAUAAUUACAUUAUCUCUUUUAAUUGCAAAAGAUAAAACAGUAAAAGAUAAAGAUGGAAAUGAUGUAAAUAUUUUUUUAAAAGAAAAUAUUGGUUUAGAAGAUAUUUUUAAAAAAGGAACAUAUAGAUUUGAUGAUACUGAUAAAAAUAUGCAAUCACAAUUGAUUGAAGAAAACUGA